CUUGAGGAUGCAUUGAGUAUACUGAGAGACAUCAUGAUUGUAUAACCUUACUUUUGUUUCAUAUAUAAUUGGAAUUAAAAUAAUGUCGAUAUUUCAUAACGUUUUAACAAAUUUACAAAAACGAUGUUUGCAAAUGUUAAAGUACAGUACUACAGUUAAAUCAGACGCAGUUGUAUCAGAUAUAUUCAAACCAAUAAUUGAUAUAAAAUCAUAUGAUGAUAGUGAAAGAUUUUUUCACAAGCCACGAGAAGUGUGGAUGGAAAAUUUAGAUACGAUUGAGGAAAAGAAAUUAGGUCUGAUCAAUUUGCAUCCGGAAAUAUUUGCGGCUCAACCAAGAAUUGAUCUCAUUCAUGAAAAUGUUAGAUGGCAAAGGUUAUAUAAUUUUGUGUGUUAUGCGCAUUCGAAGACUAAAGCAGAGGUAAGAGGAGGAGGUAAAAAACCUUGGAGACAAAAAGGUACAGGAAGAGCACGUCAUGGUAGCAUACGAUCACCUUUAUGGAGAAAAGGUGGUCGAAUUCAUGGUCCCAGAUCGCAUACUACCCAUUUUUAUAUGUUACCAUUUUAUUCUCGCAUUGCUGGUCUUACAUCAACAUUAUCUGUUAAACUUGCUCAAGAUGAUUUACAUUUGGUAAAAGAUUUAGAAAUACCUUCCAAUGAACCAUCUUAUAUCGAGCAAUUGAUUGAAGAAAGAAACUGGGGACCUUCGGUGCUUAUUGUAGAUAGCGAAGAUAUUAUGCCAGUUAAUUUGACCAUGGCAACAGAUGCUAUACCCCAUGUAAAUUUAAUGCCUGUUUAUGGUUUGAAUGUGUACAGUAUGCUAAAACAUAAUACUUUAAUAUUAACACACAGAGCGGCACGAUUGAUAGAAGAAAAAUUACUAUUUCAUUUGAAUAGACCAGACAGCAGAAAAUUGUUAGGGAAAUUCAAAAUAAGUCAACAGUAAAUGGCUUGUUACAUCACUUAAUCAACACUUUACUUGCAUAGAUUGUAGCAUCUUUGUCAUAUUGACUUGAAUUAAAAAAAUAAAUCUCUUAAA